AGUAAUCCGGCGCCCUAGCGCCGACGAACAGCUCGGCGGAGGUGUGGAAGAUGGCGGACGACGACACGGUGGUGGUGAGCCACGUCAGCGAGGAGAGCCUCCUGCCGCGGCUGGCGUCGUGGCAGAAGUACGAAGGCGUGGCGCGGCGGAUCCAGUACUCGAUCGAGUGCCAGAUGCAGGGGCUGCCGUACACGCUAGGUCUGGGGGAGCCGAACCUGAGCGGGAAGCCGAGCCUCAACUACGACCAGAUCUGCAAGCCGGCGGCGGUGCACUCGCUGAAAAAGUGCUCAAUCGACGGCGUGGAGACGAAGAAUUUCGAAAAUCGGACGGUUUACUCGACGCAUCAGGUUCUGGAGUCGUGGAUCCGAGUCGCGAGGGGGCUAAUCGCGAGGAUCGGAGAGGAAAUCGACUCGCGGCGGUGGGAGAGGGCGGCGAGGGAUUGCUGGCUGCUGGAGAAGGUGUGGUCGAUUUUGAAUCAGAUCGAAGAUCUGCAUCUGCUGAUGGAUCCGGAUGAUUUCCUGCAGCUGAAAAAUCAGCUGGUGAUCAAGGCGAGCUCCGAUUCGGAGCUCUUCUGCUUCCGAUCGCGCGAGCUCGUCGAGAUCACGAAAUCGUCCAAGGAUCUGAAGCACACGGUGCCGGCGGUGCUGGAGGUGGAGGUGGAUCCGAGCGGCGGACCGAGGAUACAGGACGCGGCGAUGGAGCUGUACCGGAAAAAGGAGGAUUUCGCGAAAAUCCACCUGCUGCAGGCGAUGCAGGCGGUGGAGGCGGCGGUGAAGAGGUUUUACUUCGGCUACAAGCAGCUGCUGGCGGUGGUGAUGGGGAGCUUGGAGGCGAAGGGGAACGUUGAGUCCGGCGAUCUGUUGAGCCAGAUAUUUACGGAGCCGACGUAUUUUCCGAGCUUGGACGCGGCGAAGACGUUUCUGGGGGAGCGGUGGAGCCAUGAUUUUCUCAUUAACUUCGAAUUCGAAGACGAGAAUGGCGAACGGGCGACGAUGGGUUCUUGGACGAUGACAAUCCUCGCCUCCUCCUUUACCAGAAACCACAAAUCAGGCGUUGGGGUCGACUUGGGACUAGCAUGUGGUAGAGUGAGGUGGGAGAAUUUGAGAUCGCGUUCCAUGACUUGUAUGAUAAGUGGGAAUACGAAAGAAGAGCUUGAGCCAGAUGCAGAGGUCGAAGAUCUCGAGAGACAGGGUUUGCUAUCCAGAGGAAGUUGA